AUGGCGUUUAAUACGGAUAUGUAUGUUACAACCGACGUGUGGUUUCCUUUCAAAAUAGAAGAAAUAGAAGUACAAGAGGAGUUCUAUGAAUCACGUUCUUCAUUUUACGAGUUCAGUGAAGAUAAAAAUAUAAUUAUAAGUUUUAAAAGUGAAUUGAUAUUAAUUGACGAAAAGAAAUUCAUCUUAAUUUCUGUGCAAGAGCAAAUUGCUCUAGACGACUUCCCUUUAAUGUUCGUACCCGUGUGGUACUUAACACGGAAUUAUGGUCCAGAUGAUAAAUACACAAUCAACAUUGAAGUGGAGAAGAAGCCUCCAGGCACAGAUUGA